AUGUCACGAGAAAAUGAUUAUGACUAUGACAGCCCAGACUUAUGGGCGCGAAUCAAAUUGACACGUGAUAGUGUAUCAAGUGCUUCGAUUUCCAAUAAAUACCGGUCUCCUGGAUACCGGCCUUCGCAACGACGAUGUGCCGAGAAUAACAGUACCACUUCACCUCUGCGCAAUCCGGUGAGUCCGAGUCAGGCUGAUAAGAUGCAAGCGACUGUUACCAGAUCGACAAAUAGCACUGCAGUCACCAGUAAAGCACACAAGGCGAUCGCCACGGCGAUUCCCAAGUGCUUUAAAGCACCUGAGCCAGUUGUGGCCACUAGCCGAUCGCCUUUACAUGAAAACAAACCCCCCUCAUCACCCAGAUUCUCUUCCAAAAUCACUGUCAAGUUACCUGAGCCACUGAGCAGAUUGUGUGACAGUUCUCACGUAUUGCCAUCCAGAUCUACACCAUCCCCCUACAUCCCAGCACACAUAAGACAACAUCAAUAUCGGUAUCCCGACCAGCGCAUCCUCCCUAGAAACAAAGGAGACCUAGGGACUGAACAGAAGAACCCGAGAAACACUGCACGUCCUUCUCACCCUCCUCUCACCUCACACGCCGCAAAAGCACGUCAGAGGCCAACUAAUAAGGGGAAAAUGUCGUCCAGUGGUGACUCAGACUAUGUCGUUCUGCGCAAUCCCAGAGCUGAAACAUUGCAGCCUCAAGAUCAGGAUGCUCCAGGACAGACUGGAAUAGAGGCCGGUGGCGGUACCCCUCUUGGGGGCAGCAUUCACCAGCCAGCGCGGGAACCUUCCGAGGAGAAGCAGCCUACUACCCGUGCUGAGCUGCGAGCAGAGAUCAAAAGAUUACAAAAGGAGGAACUUGCGAAGAUUUAUCAAAAUCUAUACAAGGAGGAGGUCGAAACGGCUGAUGCUGAAGUAUUAGCUAAAUGCCGGGACGGCCCAGGCGUGGACCCAAAGUCGGAGGUCUAUAAGGAAAUCGAGGGAUAUCGACGUCUGCGUCCAAUGGAAGAAGUCGACUUGAACGUCGCGGCUCUCUCUAUAGUCAAUGACCUGGAUGACAAACCAGAGGAUGACCGCCUCGAUAACCUCGAGCAGAUUCGUAACAGCUUCGUCGACGGCGAUCGUCUGGCUCCACUGUGGGAUGCAUACGAAAGGCAGACUUUCAUUUACCCUAACGUCAUUAACAACCAAGUGACACUAUCUCCUAAGCCGACUGAGGCGCAGACCACCUUGCAAGCGAAGUUUCAGAAACCAGAUGCCCAUCCGUAUGCCUCGCGAGGUAAGCCCCCUACUUUCCCACCCAGCGCAUAUCAGAAAUGGCGAAAGUAUGACCACUUGUGUGAUUGGUGGUGGGCACCUCCUAUGCUUCCGUUUUACGAUGUAUGGCUUCAGAGAUUCCGUUCUUGGCUCGAUGAGACAAUUCAGGAUGCCUACUACGCAGACAUUUUUCACAAGGGCUACUUUGAUGGUACCGCCCAUCCAGAUGGUGUUAGAACCUUUAUCGUCCCAAAUCUACCAAAGGCCACCACAAUCCUCAAUCCCAACGAUGAGCUAGCUCAUAGACACAGACACGAGACGGCAGCAGGUCUCAGCUACAACUAUGUCAUGCACAAAAAAGCCGAAGCAGAGCUAGAGGAGCAGAGACUAGCUUUAUCGCGCCGCAUGCAACUUGAAUGCAUGGCCACCUUGCCACCAAAUCCCAACACGCCAAGGGCGAACAUUUAUCUCAGACCGGCACACGUAGGAGACGCCAAUCAACUCCUCCACAUUUACAACUGGUACGCCCAGAAUUCCUUCGUGAGCGUUGACAUCGGAAAGUUGGAGCCAGGAGACAUCCGGCAGCGCAUCCAAGCCGCCAAAGAGGCCCGCCUUCCCUUUAUCGUUGCCGUGGAGCGCGGUUCGGGCAACCAGAGAGAGAAUAUCUUUGGCUACGCUACUGCUAAAGACUACACCGGAUCGGAAACCAGUGGAAGAUACACCGCUGAGUUGGAGUUAUUCGUCAUUCCAGAGCAACAGCGCAAAGGCAUCGGAAAUUGUCUUAUGGACAAGCUCUUGCAGGUAUGUGAUGGAAAUCACAGAACCAAGGGCGGUUAUGAUUUCUACAACCAUGGUCUCAUUGGGUACAGCCUGGGCGGACGUCGCGAGUUCGCUCGGCUGAUAUUCACGUUUACAUACAUUCCCGAGGAACGCCAGUCGAAGAGCUGGGUCCGGGAUUGGCUGGCGAAGAAUAACUUCGAACUACAAGGACGCUUGUGCGGAGUCCGCGCAAAGAACGAAAGACUUCUUGACGUUGCGUACUUUGUUAAGAAUAAUAUCUUCGCUCUUCCAUACCGAUAG